AUGCCUAGAUGCAUGUUUUGUAAAGAAAUUAAACAGUAUCACUCUGUAUCUGUAAACUCAGCUAUUAUAGUGUGUCAAAAUUUGACAAUUAUAGAAUUUACCGAAAUGGUCGACCAACUAACUGAAGAACAAAUAGCAGAAUUUAAAGAAGCCUUUGCUCUAUUCGACAAAGACAACGAUGGUACAAUAACAACAAGAGAACUAGGGACGGUCAUGAGAUCUCUCGGACAAAAUCCCACCGAAGCUGAGCUUCAAGACAUGAUUAAUGAGGUGGAUGCGGACGGAAAUGGAACUAUAGAUUUUUCGGAGUUCCUAUCCAUGAUGGCCAGGAAAAUGAAGGACACCGACAGUGAAGAAGAAAUAAGAGAGGCCUUCAGGGUGUUCGACAAAGACGGGAAUGGGUAUAUUACUGCGGCUGAGCUAAGACAUGUCAUGACAAAUCUGGGAGAGAAGUUGACCGAAGAAGAGGUGGACGAAAUGAUUCGGGAGGCUGAUAUUGAUGGAGACGGCCAGAUAAAUUAUGAAGAAUUUGUAACUAUGAUGACAUCCAAGUGA